AAUAUACGUAAGUCUUGAGGGUCUAUUUCUAAGAAACUAAUAAAUAAAUGUAUUAAGAAAAGACUUGCGGAAAGACACGGCGAAGCUAAGGGAUGAGAGGAGAAAAGUCUUUGACGAGGUCAGUGCAGAAUUCAUUCAUUCAAUUAUUUGGUCAGCUCCAGACCAAAUAAUUAUUACUUCAAGCAAUAAUUUUUCCAAUCGCUCUCUCUGUUUCUUAACAAAUUAAAUAAUAUCAGUAAAAUUUAAUCAAUUUAAUUGAACACUUAUUCCUUUAUGAUCCAACGUACAGCAUAGUUAUUAGAAAUUUAAAUAAUUUUUAAAAGUUACAGAAUUUUAAAAGUAAAAAACACUUGGCUUUAAUUUAUUCAUGUCGUUCAGACGUAUUAAUAUACUUUAAAUUCAUUUAGAAAAUAAUAAUUAAGAGCAAAUAUUUCCCAAUUGGGACUGUCGACGUUGCCGUUAUAAUUAAUACAUGAAUAUAUAUAUAUAGUCAAUGAGUCGUCGCAUGCAUUAAUAUACACAAGUCUUGAGGGAAAUUUCCAGGAAAUUAAUAUAUGAAUGUAUUGGCUUUCAAAGGCAAUUUCCAGGAUCAUUCAUUCAAUUAUUUCACCGGCCUAGCUUCGGAAUCUUUUCUUACAUAUAAAAGCGUACGUCUAUAUAUAUUAGUCAUCAUGAACAAAUAUAUAUGGUACUAAUAGGUCAUUACUCAUAAAAAUGGCAGCCUCCUCCCUUUCCAUUUUCAAUAUACCGAUAGUAGCGUGGGCUAUCUGGAUCUUUUUAUGCGGAAAGUAUUUGGAUAAUGCACUUCAUCAGCUUGUUAACGUUGCAGCAGCAUCUGGAUCAAUAUCUGCCCUUCAACUUGAACAAGCCAAGGCUUUGCACGAGACUGGGUGGUGGCCGUCCAAUAGUAAUAUUUCAAGUGCUUGCGAUUGGGAUGGUAUUACUUGCAACGAUGGAGGAAGCGUCACAAACAUCGUUAGAUCUUAUCAAGGUUUGAGAGGUCAGUUGAAACUCAACUUCUCUUUCUUUCCAAAUUUAGUCAUUCUUGAUCUUAGUGUGAACAACCUUACGGGGCUCAUCCCACUUGAGAUUGGGAUGCUAAAAAAUCUGACCUCUUUAUAUCUUGAUUCGAACAUGCUCGUCGGUCCAAUCCCUUCCACAAUUGGUCAUUUAACUAAUUUGGGAAGUUUAUACCUUGAUGGAAAUAAAAUCAAUGGAUCAAUUCCCCCCGAAAUAGGGAUGCUGAAAAAUCUGACCUCUUUAUACCUUUCUUCGAACAUGCUCGUCGGUCCAAUCCCUUCCACAAUUGGUCAUUUAACUAAUUUGGAAUCUUUACUUCUUAGUUUCAAUAAAAUCAAUGGAUCCAUUCCCCCCGAAAUAGGGAUGCUGAAAAAUCUGACCUAUUUAUACCUUUAUUCGAACAUGCUCGUCGGUCCAAUCCCUACCACUCUGGUCCAUUUAACUAAUUUGAGAAUUUUAUACCUUGAUGGAAAUAAAAUCAAUGGAUCCAUUCCUCCCAAAAUAGGGAUGCUGAAAAAUCUGUCAUAUUUAGACUUGAGUUCGAACAUGCUCGUCGGUCUAAUCCCUUCCACAAUUGGUCAUUUAACUAAUUUGACAAAUUUAGACCUUAGUCAAAAUAAAAUCAAUGGAUCAAUUCCUCCCGAAAUGGGGAUGCUGAAAAAUCUGUACUAUUUAAAUCUUCGUUCGAACAUGCUUGUCGGUCCAAUCCCUUUCAUCUGGGAUAAUUUAACUUAUUUGCAUUAUUUAGACCUUAGUGUAAACAACUUAACUGGAAGCAUUCCCUAUCACGAGCAUAACCUUUAUUGGGUGAUACAUGUUAACCUUAGUCACAACUUUUUAAGCGGAGAAAUACCCAUUGCACUAGGGAGUAUUGCACUAGCACGCCAUCUCCAGAGUUUGGAUCUUAGCUACAAUAAUUUUACAGGCAACAUUCCCUCUUCCCUCAUUGAUAUACAUACACUCGACUUGUCACACAAUUAUUUGAAGGGUCAAAUUCCAGACGGUUUUGAUAAGCAUCAUAAAUCCCACACAUUAAUUGGCAAUAGAGAUUUAUGUGGUCAAUUCAAGAUUUUUCCUCCAUGUCCUAAAAGCAAAAAAUCAAUCGCAACCAAAAUAGAAAUUUUUGCUCCCAUCACCACUUUCCUCAUAUUCCUAGUUAUUGGAGGUAUUCUCUUGUCUUGUUGUGUGUUCAAAGAAAAUCAACUUGAGUUAAGAGAAUCUAAGAAUGGAAACAUAUUCUCGAUAUGGAAUUAUGAUGGACAUAUUGCAUAUGAAGAAAUUAUUGAAGCAACCGAGGAUUUUGACAUCAAACAUUGCAUUGGAACUGGUGGUUAUGGUAGCGUUUACAAAGCUGAAUUACCAAGCGGAAAUGUGGUUGCCUUAAAGAAACUUCAUCAGAGAGAGGUUGAGAAUCCAGUUUUCUGUAAGAGUUUUAUAAAUGAGGUGAGGGUGUUAACAGAGAUUCGACAUCGAAAUAUUGUGAAGCUACAUGGGUUCUGUGUACAUAAAAGAUGUAGAUUUUUAAUUUAUGAGUACAUGGAAAGGGGAAGCCUAUUUUGUGUCCUAAGAAAUGUUGAUGAAGCUAUGGAACUGGAUUGGAGCAAGAGGGUAAACAUCAUCAAAGACACAGCACACGCCUUAUCUUACAUGCAUCAUGAAUGCAUCCCAGCAAUUGUUCAUAGAGAUAUAUCAACCAACAAUAUUUUGCUGAAUUCUGAAUUGCAAGCUUUUGUCUCUGACUUUGGAACUGCUAAACUUCUUGAUCCCGACUCCUCCAAUCAAACAUUGGUUGCUGGCACUUAUGGCUACAUUGCCCCAAAGUUUGCCUACACAAUGAUAGUUACUGAAAAAUGUGAUGUAUAUAGCUUUGGAGUGGUGGCACUAGAAGUAUUAAUGGGAAGGCAUCCAGGAGAACUCUUGUCCUCAUUAUCAUCAUCAUCUCAAAACAUGAUGCUAAAUGAAAUAUUAGACCAACGCCUGCCACCUCCAAAUCGUCUAAUUGGACAAGAUAUUUUGCUCGUCGCUACAAUAGCAUUUGCAUGCCUUCACACUCAGCCAAAGUCUCGGCCUACAAUGAAAUGUGUGUCACAAGAAUUUCUCUCUCACAAAAAGCUGAAUGUCAUACCCUUGACUACGGUUUCAAUCUCGCAACUGAGGAAACAAGCAACAUAUAUGGUUGGAUCAGGAUUUGCUUAUUGUUAGGAUGUUACGUGUGUUGUCAAUGUGUGAUUUACAUUUCUCAGUCUUUUUUCAAGAAAAAUAUUAUUUGUAAAAUUCAGUCAAAUCACCCCAUAAACGUAAAGUACUCACUUUUCAUGGUUCGAAGCGGCUGAAAAUUGAAAUAGAAUGGGGUCGAUGUGUUUGUAUGAGAUAAGUGUGCAAAUAUAAAGUAAAAGUGAAUUAAGUAAAAUCUCAUAGAGAAUUUCAGCA